AUGACGAUUGUCCACAUGGUCAUGUUCAAGUUUCGUCCCGAAGUGACGCAAGAACACAAAGAUACGUUCGUCCGAGAGCUCAAGAGAUUGAAAAACUUGGACUGUGUGAAGGGUCACCGGUUGGUCGUUGGCGGUCCAUCUGUAACAGACCCGAUUGAGAGAAGCAAAGGGUUUGAGAUUGCCCUCCUCAGUUUCCACGAAAGCAUGGACGAGCUGCAGAAGUAUCAGGCUAGCAAAGAGCAUCAUUGGGUGACCGGCACGUAUAUGUUCCCAUACAAGGAGGACUUGGUACGUUUUGACUUUGAGGUUGCGCCUGAGGACGAAUACAUGUGGCAUUUUGCGCCGGUUCCUGGUGCCAGUGAGUAA